AUUCGGUGGAAUUAUCAGGGCGUCAUUAUUAAACACCGUGCGAUUGUAAUCUUAAACGCCUGAUUAAAGAGGAAGAAAGGAAAAUAAAUUUUAAAAAAGAGAGAGAAAAGAAAAAAUUGAAGUCCAUUUGCCGUUGUGAGACAAAAAUUUUUCUUUUUCUUUGAUAAUUCCAUCCAUCACUAAAAUAAAAUUGUUCUCUUCCCGUUCUUUACUUCUAUUCAAGGAUUGUUCGUUGCCCCAGGUGGACAUCAGAUUCUGAGAUUAAGUUGGGCCAGCUCGGCCCUUCGUUUUCUUUUUAUCGGUGAACUGAGGAUCCAGAUUUUUCGAGGAGAUUCAGGUCCCUCAGGUAGUUUACCAGACUGGAGAAGAAGUUUGCAAUUCCACGGUGUGAUUCUUCCGUUCCGGCCGAGACUUUUUGAAUUUUGUUGACAGCUGGCAACCUUUUUCAGGGUUGAUUCAGAUGAUGCCAUGAGGAUACGAAUUUCUUUUCUGGAGGAGCAGAGACCUGGAAGCUGAUUGGCAUGCGCAGUUGAAGUUUCACUGUUUUGGCAUUUCCGCAAUUUUGCUUUUACAGAAUGAUGGCAUAUAUGGGGACUCCUAGGCGUAACAGCUUGCACGUAAGAAGACCAAAUGAAACAAUGAGGCUGCUUGUCACAACCUUUGUAGGAAUUGUUUUUGGAUUCUUUUUAGGUGUAUCCUUUCCGACAAUCUCAUUGUCUAAGAUGAACAUAGCAUCAAGCCUUUUCCCGUCCAUUGAUCUUACUUAUAUUGAAGAUAAGUACUCUGGGAUCUCAACUCAGGCACUGUUAAAUGUCUGGUCCUCUCUUAAGGGUAAUAGAGCCAAUAUGCACAAACUGAAUGGCACAAAGAUUUGGUCUCCAACAAAUCCUCGAGGCGCUGAGAGACUUCCCCCAGGUAUCAUUGCAUCGGAGUCUGAUCUAUACCUCCGCAGAUUAUGGGGUCUACCCAGUGAGGACUUGAUUAUCAGACCAAGGUACCUUGUUACCUUUACUGUCGGCUAUGAACAGAGGAAAAAUAUUGAUGCUGCUGCCAAAAAGCUGUCAGAGAACUUCACCAUUUUACUGUUUCACUAUGAUGGUCGAACAAGUGAAUGGGACGAAUUUGAGUGGUCUAAGCGGGCUAUCCAUGUUUCUGUGCGGAAGCAAACCAAAUGGUGGUAUGCCAAACGUUUUCUGCAUCCUGACAUUAUUGCACCUUAUGACUACAUAUUUAUUUGGGAUGAGGACUUAGGAGUGGAGAACUUUGACUUUGAGGAGUAUAUAAAAUUGGUAAAGAAGCAUGGUCUAGAUAUUUCGCAGCCUGGUUUAGCACCAAAUAGUGGAUUAACAUGGCAGAUGACCAAAAAGCGAGACGACACUGAAGUUCACAAAGAAACUGAGGAAAGACCUGGUUGGUGCACUGAUCCUCAUUUGCCCCCAUGCGCAGCAUUUGUUGAGAUAAUGGCACCUGUUUUUUCUCGUGAUGCUUGGCGCUGCGUCUGGCAUAUGAUUCAGAAUGACUUAAUCCAUGGAUGGGGUCUUGAUUUUGCUCUUCGGAAAUGUGUAGAGCCCGCUCAUGAGAAAAUAGGAGUGGUAGAUUCUCAAUGGAUUGUGCAUCAAACUGUUCCUUCACUUGGGAACCAGGGCAAGGCAGAGAACGGUAAGGCUCCAUGGGAAGGGGUAAGGGAGAGGUGUAGAAGAGAAUGGACAAUGUUUCAGGAUCGCAUGACUGCUGCAGAGAGAGCCUAUUAUCUGGCAAAAGGAAUUGAUCCUCCUAAUUCUACUGCGCGUUAGGUGAAACAUUUUGUACAAAACUUUGUAAUUAUCCAGUCAUUUUUUCCGAGGUUACAAACCAUCAGGGUAGGAGCUCCAGGGAGAUAGAAAACAGCAAGUUAUAAAUUUGUCUGAUUUAAGUCCCUUUUUCGGUGAAGUUAUAGUGAGACCAGCUUGCGGGAGGAACUAAUUUCUUCUC